CAGAGCCUGACUGAUUCAUUUGUUGGAUGAUGUAAAAUAGACGCAUCGGAAUCUAUUUUUACAGAUGUUAACAUUUUUACUUUACAGAAAAAAGUGGUUCCUAUGUUGACAUUUAUAGAAUUGUUAUUUAUAUGUGGUUUUAUUUUAGAUUUAUUUAUAGUUGAUGAUAAAGUUGAUGGUUAAUCUGUAGACUAUUAAGCCCUAAUCAUUGUCAAAUUAACAACACGACUAACACAAAUUUGAGGUGUAAAAUAAAGGAUGAGAUUAAAUACGUUGAUUAAUCUGCAGUAACUACUUGUGAUCACUGAUUUACAAUUACUUUCUCAAAGAUCAGAUAAUCCCAAUUCACCAAAUCAGUGUCUAGGAACUCUAGACUCGAAAGUCUGGAUUCCUGUGAAUGGGAAGGGCGUGCAGGCAGGGAGUCUAUUUGUGGGCUGGUGAGAAGCUUGAUGUUCUUCUCCUCUGGGUUUUACUGCAGAACAACAACACGUCGCAGCGCAGAGGUCUGUUGAAGUUUCAAAGAAGAACGGGAGGAUGCAGAUAAAACUAAAGUUUAUCUGCUUACUGGGAUUGGCGACCAUCAUCUUGAUCACUAUGAUCUUAAGAAAGACUCCAAGAAUAACACCAUCUUCAACACCAUCUUCAACACCAUCACCAUCAGGAGAACCACGAUGGGAGGAGCCUGGGCCGUAUCAUGUGGCCUAUCCACGAAACUACAAAUUCAUCAUGGACGACACACCGACGUGUAGGACCAGGUCUCCUUUCCUGCUCAUGAUGGUCUCAGUCUCUCCCAGUGAUGUGGCGGCUCGGGACGCCAUCCGAAAGACAUGGGGAAGUGAGACGGUGGUUCAGGGUCAGGUGGUGGGGACGCUCUUCUUAGUGGGCCGGCCUGGAGGAGCUGAUGCUGACCAGCAGCAAGAGAAACUCAGUCAGGAGAAUCAUCAGCACCACGACCUGAUCCAGAGCGACUUCCUGGACAGCUACCGCAACCUGACCAUCAAGACCAUGGUCAUGCUGGAGUGGCUGGCUGCUCACUGCACCAACGCCGCGUACGUCCUGAAGAUUGACUCGGUCAUGUUGGUCCAUGUCCCCAACUUGGUCAAACUGUUACUGGAUCCCGGCACGGCCGAACAAAACUACAUGACAGGUUUGGUGAGGUGGCACAGCCCAGUUAUGAGAGACCCAUCAAAUAAGUUCUACCUCCCGACAGACAUUAUUGCAGUGCCGGAGUACCCCCCCUUUCCUCUGGGCAGGGGCUACGUCAUGUCCCUGGACCUUCCCGGCAAGAUUCUGCAGGUCUCUACUCAGAUUAAACCGAUCUUCAUUGAAGACGCCUACCUGGGGAUGUGUCUGAAGCUCCUGGGCAUUUCCCCCACCGACCCCCCGGAAAACACCAUGUUCAUCGUGGACCCCGUGCAUCCUCUGAGCACCUGCACCCUCUCAAAGGUCAUCGCCGUGACCACCACCAGCAUCCCACAGAUGACAGGUUACUGGGAGACGAGCAGAGGACCAGACGCUGAAUGCUAACCUUCAGAUCUUGGUAGUUUAAACUGAAAGUAGUUUAUUGUGGGCGGUGGUGGGGCGACUUCAUCUCUUAUUGAGCCUGGGGGGGGGGGAUUUAUUCAGAAUUUGCAUUAAAAUGUUUUUGUAUGCAAGAAAAAUAAAUGUAAGGCUUUGAAACCACAA